CAUGGUUGGAGCGAAGGGAAUAAAAUUUCAACCACCGCGUAAAGACUCUAAAUGAGUAGUCUGCAUGGAGGUAAAUAUUAUUAGUUAUACAUUUUUAGAGACUCAGCAACUACUAACAUAUCUGAUGGACAAAGUACAGAAGACAGAAAGAGUUUCAGUUUAAUGUCAGGACCUUAAAAAUUCACUGAAGAUGCCGUUUUUUGGAAGCACUUUCAGCCCUAAAAAGACCCCUCCUCGUAAAUCUGCGUCUCUGUCCAGCCUUCAUACGUUGGAUCGUUCAACAAGGGAAAUAGAGCUUGGCCUUGAGUAUGGACCUCCGACAAUGAACAUUGGAGGCCAGAACUGGAAAUUUGAAGAUGGACAAUGGAUAUCAGAAUCUGGCGGAAAUACAUCUAGCAAAGAAUUGCAACGUCUUAAGAAGAGAAAUGUGCAACUAGAAGAGGAAAAUAACCUACUAAAACUGAAGAUUGAAGUUCUCCUGGACAUGCUGACUGAAACUACAAUUGACUACCACCUGAUGGAGAAGGAAGUUGAAGAUAUAAAGUCUCAGCAUCGAAGAAAAAAAUGACAAAUCUAAUCCAGUGUCUCCAUUAUGAAAAAUGUCUUCAGGUAGAAUUAGCUGGUUUUGUAUUCAUUGAUACUUUGAAGGUUAUUUAUGUUACAAAAAAAGUGACCCACAAAAUGCUGUUUCAAGGACUCAGACUGAGUUCAUUCAAUUGUUCUGUUCGUAAUUAUUAAAUAUCAGUCUGAAUUUAAUAAGACAAUAGUUUGACGAACAGCCUAUUUUCAACACAUUGUACAUAGCAUGUAAAAUUUAAUAUUGACUUUUAUUACUUUUGUAUUUACUGAUUUCUUUGUGAGUUGCAAAUACAUUUUGACUACAGGAAAUGUGUAAGAU